UUUCCCAGAGCCCGGAUUAGUGAGGCGGCGAGUGCUGCAGCGGCGGUCGUCGCCCGUGCUGCCGCCGCAACCGGACGGAAGCAGUCCAGACACCCUGACCGGGAAGGCAGUAUGUUGAUGGGCAAGGUGUUCCCCAUACUGGAAACUAUGUCGCCUAUUUUACAGAUGGAAGAUGAUGCCCCAAAGCAUGUAAUCCAGAUGACAGGAUUUAAGAUGGAAGAAAAGGAAGCUCUAGGCAAAUUGCUUUUAAAACUAGAUUGCACUUUUAUUAAGAGUGAGAAAUACAAAAAUUGUACACAUCUUAUAGCUGAACGUCUUUGUAAGAGUGAAAAAUUUUUAGCAGCUUGUGCAGCUGGAAAGUGGGUACUAACAAAGGACUACAUAAUUCAUAGUGCCAGAAGUGGAAGAUGGCUUGAUGAAACCACUUAUGAAUGGGGAUAUAAAAUUGAAAAAGACUCCCAUUAUUCACCUCAAAUGCAAUCUGCACCUAAAAGGUGGCGAGAAGAACUGAAACGCACUGGUGCUCCAGGAGCCUUCCACAGAUGGAAGGUUGUCCUCCUUGUGAGAGCUGAUAAACGAAGUGAUUCUCUUAUAAGAGUUUUGGAGGCUGGAAAGGCAAAUGUCAUUUUGCCAAAAAGUUCACCAAGUGGAAUAACUCACGUGAUUGCCAGUAAUGCAAGAAUCAAUGCUGAGAAAGAAAAAGAUAACUUUAAGGCUCCAUUUUAUCCAAUUCAGUAUCUAGGGGAUUUUCUUUUAGAGAAGGAAAUUCAGAAUGAUGAAGAUUCCCAAAGCAAUUCUAUUUGGACCAAACAUGGUAAUCCAGAAAAAAACAAAGAGUUUAGGAAAGAUAAGGGAUUGCUUGAAAUGACGGAUGCCUUAAGACAAACUGUCUGUAGGACCCAGAAAGAAAUGGAAAAUCAUGAUGUUAAUAAUAGUUCCAUUUUGACUGUACAUCACAAAAAAAAAUUCAGAGACUCCAGUAAAGGUUUGAAAUUUAUUAAAAUGAGAAAUACCCUAGGAAGGCAUACAUAUGGAAAUCAGAAGGAAAUUAAGAAAAAAGAUGGAGAUAUUCAACGGAAUUACUCUUUGAGGAAAAAACGCAAAAAAGAAAAUGAUUGCAGGAGAGACCUCGAAUGUGACAAAAUUAAAAAUACCUUAAGAAACCACAUACAUUAUAGCGAUCAGGAAAUGAAGAAUUCUGUUUUUGCUGAUUAUGCCAAAGAGUCAAGAACAAAAGAUGUCAGGGCAGAUGUGGAUAUUAUUGAAAUAAAAAAUGCCUUAAGAAAGCAUAUAUAUAGAGCUCAGGCUGUCAGAUACAACUGCAUUAGAAUAGAUAAACAACCAGUAUACAAUAUAGAGGUUAAAAAUACUGAAUUUCCCAGAGGUGUAUUAAAUUUAAUCGAAAGCCUCAUAGAAGGACAGUUCUUUAAGGAAGCUAUUGAAGAGCUUUCCUCUUUGCAAGCACAUUAUAUUCCUCCUGUGUGCCUUCUUCAUGCUCUUCUAGAGAACGUUCUACAGGAUAACAUAGAUACAUUUUCUGGUCGAUACUUUCACAUAUUGUCAGCUCUUCUUCACCUGCAUCCACCUUGGAAGUCCCCAGCCAUGUCAAGAUAUUACUUAGAGUUGUUUCAAUGUCCAACUUGUAUGAAAGGAGCCUGGUCCCUAGUAGAAGUACUUAUCAGGUCUUGCCUUUUCAAUGAAAAUUUUUGUCAUCAAAUUUCAGAAAAUAUCAAUGACUCUAAAGUACUCUACCUGACACUACUCAAAUUUUUCUUUAAUUUAGUUGAAAGUGAAGUACGGCAUCUGAGUCAAAAGUUGUAUGACUGGUCAGAUUCUCAGAGUCUGAAAAUAACAGGAAAGGCAGUUCUUCUUGAAAUCUUUUGGUCAGGAAGUGAGACUUCGGGGCUUUUGACCAAACCAGUGAAUAUGCUUUUGGAAUGGACUAUAUAUUCUCACAAAGAAAAAUGCAAGUCUAAUGAUGUCUUCAAACAUGAGCUAGCUUACUUACUGACUGGAAUUCUUGGAGCUGCAAUAGAUUAUUGGAUCUUCCUUGGUCUUAAGAUGGGUAGAAAUGUGAUGCGACACAUGUCUGAUGACUUGGGAAGCUACGUUUCCUUGUCAUGUGACGACUUUUCUUCACAAGAAUUAGAAAUUUUCAUAUGCUCCUUUUCCUCCUCCUGGCUUCAGAUGUUUGUUGCAGAGGCAGUCUUUAAGAAGUUGUGUUUGCAGAGUUCCAUCAGUGUUUCCUCUGAACCUCUCUCUCUCCAGAAAAUGGUAUAUUCCUAUUUGCCAGCUUUGGGAAAAACUGGUAUUGUGCAUGGAACUGGAAAGAUGCAGAUACCAAAGAAAAUAGGACAGCGGCCUUGCCUUGAGUCUCAGAGAGCCUUACUUAUGUUGAAUGGUGCUAAACAGAAGCAAAUCGAAGGGCUUCCAGAAUUACCAGAGCGAAAUCUUGCUAAAUGUUCCUCAUCAUUAAAAAAAAUGAAAAAGAAGUCAGAAGGAGAACUGUCAUGUUCUAAGGAGAAUUGCCCCUCUUUAGUUACAAAGAUGAAUUUUCACAAGACUAAUCUAAAAGGAGAAACAGCCCUGCAUAGAGCUUGCAUAAAUAACCAAGUGGAGAAAUUGAUUCUUCUUCUCUCUUUGCCAGGAAUAGACAUCAAUGUUAAAGACAAUGCUGGCUGGACGCCUUUGCAUGAAGCCUGUAACUAUGGCAACACAGUGUGUGUCCAGGAAAUUUUGCAACGUUGUCCAGAGGUAGAUCUGCUCACUCAAGUGGACGGGGUGACUCCUUUGCAUGAUGCACUGUCAAACGGACAUGUAGAAAUUGGCAAGCUGCUACUACAGCAUGGGGGCCCUGUGCUUUUACAGCAGAGGAACUCUAAGGGGGAGUUGCCCUUGGAUUAUGUGGUAUCACCUCAAAUCAAAGAAGAGCUGUUUGCUAUGACAAAGAUAGAGGAUACAGUGGAGAACUUCCAUGCACAAGCAGAGAAACAUUUUUACCACCAGCAGCUUGAAUUUGGUUCAUUUUUACUUAGUAGAAUGUUGUUAAACUUCUGUUCAAUUUUUGAUUUAUCCUCAGAGUUCAUUUUAGCUUUCAAAGGGUUAACUCAUCUUAAUGAACUGCUUAUGGCUUGUAAAAGUUACAAAGAAACCCCCAGUGCUCAUACUGACUGGUUAUUAGAUCUCUAUGCUAGAAAUAUAAAGACAUUGCAGAAGCUCCCAACUAUUCUUAAGGAACUUCCUGAGAAUUUGAAAGUGUGUCCUGGAGUACACACCGAGGCCUUAUUGGUGACCUUGGAAAUGAUGUGUCGAUCAGUCACUGAGUUUUCAUGAUGAUGCCAAAAAGUAUGAGUCAAUGUUCUAAACCUGUUCAGUUUGCUUUGUCAUCCUUUAUGGGCUUCAUAGCGUAUUACCCAAUAAUUUAUUUAUUGACAGACUUUACAGACAGCUUUGCUAAAUUUUAACAGCACUUGAAGCACUUCUGCAAAACUAUAGUAUGGGCUUCUUUUUCAGUAUGUGAGAUUUGACCCAAAAGUCAAAAUAGUUUUGUUUGAUACACUGCUUUCAUUAAUCUUUUUUUGUUCUGAAAGUGAUAUUAUUUAUCUAUUUAUAUUGUAUAUGUACAAAAAUUAAUUUAAUUUUUUUUUUUUUUCAAAUCAAAAUGUAAUGUCUGUCCUCUUCUAAGGUGAUUUAGAUCUUAGAAUCAUGGCAAGGAUACUCAUACAAAUGUGCACCUUUAAAUAUGUAGUUCCCUGUUUUCUUCUCUUUAGGUGGUUGGACUAAAAUAUACAUUUUAGUUUUGUGUGUUUCUAAAAUAAACAUUUCUAAA